AUCACUUCGCGAGCAAUUUUGCCGGAACGACUGACGACGCUCUCUUCGACUCUGACUGGCCACGGCUGCGACUGGACUGUCCCCGCAGACGGCUCGGGUACAUCUGCAGCAUCUAGCGCCUUGCUGCUGGUCGUGCAGACUGCAGACACGUCGUCGUCACUCAGAUCACACUCGACGAGAUGUCAUUGCAGGCACUCAGGCUUGCGAUGUCGGGCUCACAGCGAUGUCAAGUUCUGAUCGCACUGCCCGGGACGAGGAGAGGGCUACGCCAUCAGCAAAGGCAGCUAGCAAGUCUGGCGCUGACGAGCGCGAGGAUGAGAUCAUCAAGCUUGACCCUGCCACAGCGCAUGCGUCGUCCCUUCAGCGUCUCUGCGACGAGCCAUCGACCUUCACCGGACCCGUCAUCCUCCUCAAGCAGUAGCAAAGCAGAUCAGCGAGCCAGAGAGAAGAAAGAAAGGGACGACCGGCCGGCAGCUGGCAAAUCCCCUUUUGCCGCCUUUGUCGAUGUCCUGCGAGACGAGUUACGGAAGAACCAGGACUUUCAAGAUUCCGUCAGGCAGCUGCAAGGCGAAGCAGGCAAAGUGACUGAUUCCGAAGCCAUGAAGCGGGCGGGUGCGAUAUACGAACGAGCGAGGUUGACGGCAUCCAUAAGAGAGAAUCCCAAGCUGCGCGCAGCCGCAGAGAAUCUCAAAGCAGCCGGUCUCUCAGUCUCUGACGCCGUAGGCACGGCACUCGACAGCUUUGAGCAGAACCCAGUGAUCAGAGGCUCUCGGGCCGCACUCCGCAAAGCAGGCGAAUCGGUCUACGAUGCCUCUGAACCCAUCCGCAAAACAGAGGCCUACAAGACCGUAGCCUCUUCCGUCGUCGAAGCGCUCGAUGACGUUGGCUCCAAUGUGAGAUACGGUGGCUAUGUCGAGAAGGAAGAUCGCAGGCGGCGGAGGGAAGCCAGGCUCGCCAAGAUCGGUCGCGCACCUCUGAGACCGCGAGAGAAAGUAGCAGAGAACCCAGAGGCGGGCGAGAACAUCGUCCUGCACGCGACUGCUUCCACCUCAGAAUCCCAAUCGACCCAAUCUCGACUGCCCGCCCCGGUGGCGAAAUGGCUAGCCGGCCUGAAAGAGUCUUACAACGAAUCCGAGAAUCCCAUCGUGGGCUCCAUGCGUACAGUCACCUCGACGCUUGGGCGCGUCUUUGCAGAGACAGAGACCUCUCGCGUGCAGUCAAGGAUGAAGGAACUCGACCCUUCCUUCCAGAUGGAAGCCUUCUUGCGCGAGCUCAGAGAGUACAUGGUGCCCGAGAUGGUCGACGCUUACUCGUCUGCCGAUCUCAAGACGCUCAAAGAAUGGUGCUCAGAAGCGACUUAUAGCGUUCUGACGGCGAGCAUACAGCCCUACCUUUCAAAAGGCCUUGUACCUGACUCAAGAGUUCUUGACAUACGAGGCGUCGAUAUCGCGGCAGCAAAAGUGCUAGAGAACGAGACCAAUGUCUUUGUGGUCUCCUUCAGGACACAAGAGAUCACAGCCUUUAGGGAUCCCAAGACGGGCGAGGUGGCAGCUGGCUCGGAGGAUCAGAUCGAUCAGUGCGGCUACGUGAUGGUCAUGACCCGCAUAGAGGAAGAGCUAGAGAAUCCCAUUACUGCGGGAUGGAAAGUCAUUGAUAUUGCAAGACGUGCACAGAAAGCGUUCAUGUGAUGCGAUCAAUGCAAACAACCUCACUCGCUCGCUUGCUCGCCUACUCCAAUUGUGCUUCAUUUCAGUGCUAGAGAGCACAUGGUAAGCUUGCCAGUGUAGGGCGGUUGAUUAGUAGAUUGUACCAGUGAGUGUCAGCUGUCCGCGAACAGCGCCCGGCACGGCAUCGGAAGUAUGCGUGUCUGCAAAGAAGGACGAAGGCGAGCGCUCGAUGGCAGCUACGGUGAAG